UGUUUGUGUUAAAUUUCGGGCAGCGCGGACGUGUUUUUUGGCUCCGUCUCCGUUAAAUUGUGGAUUUCAACACAUUUCGCGUGCGCCUAAAAUAUAAAAUAAAUAUAAUAUUAUUUUAUCAACUUUUAACUAAAAAGUGCACAAGGGCUUAUACCUGUAAAUCGCGAAAAAAAGUGCCGCGUGUUAUGUGAGUGGGGAAAAGGUAAAAUUCAAGAAAAAAAUACCAGAGGCUGAGAAAGAGCGUGUGAUGCUGCAGAAACAAGAACCCGAAUUCGCACAAAAUCUCGCCGGACAUUAAAUCAAUUGCAAAAAAAAAAACAAAAAAAAAAGAGCAGCAACAACAAAUGUUUGAGUGUAGCGUUUUUUUUUCUACAUUAUUACUUCAUAGGGGAGCUCUCGUGCUCUUCGGAUUUUGGCUCUCUUGGGGGAGGAUUGUCAGCAAAGCUCCGCUUUUGCCGCCUUGGCCCUGUCCCCCACUAUCCCUGCUAUCUCACCCACAGCUCUCUCGCAGAGUAACCCCCGCGUUUACGGGACAGGAAUUUUAAUCAAGCCACAGAAUGCAGUUCACAGGGGCCGGACUCUUGGCCAUAACAACGCUGUACUAAUUGUGGCCCAGACCACGUCCACGUCCAGGAAUCGUUCUUCGGGACAAGGACCAGGACCAUGGCGUCAUUUGUAUGCAGCCGGAGAACAACAACACAAACAACAACAACAUCACCAGCAAAAGCAUCCCUAGAAGCGGAAUUUUCAAGCAGCGGCUAAACGGAAACCCGAAGCCGCAGAAAAUCCACAAAAAAACGUAGUGGAGGAGGAGUGGUAGGAGGAGAACUAACCAGAAAACCAGUCAGCCAGGCAACCAGAAAUUGGAGAGCCACUGAAAUAGUGCACCCGAAAAUCAAAGAGGCAGCUAGAAAGGAGCCAGGAUGAUGAGUGCUGGGGGAACCUACAUUUCCACAGCCAGUGUGGAGGUGCCACAAGCGUUGCAGGAUGGAGAGAAGUUCAUACGAUGGGACGAUGACUCGGGCACUGGGACGCCGGUGACGAUGCGCGUCGAUGCCAAGGGCUUCUUCCUCUAUUGGGUAGAUCAGAACAACGAGCUGGACAUCCUGGAUAUAGCCACCAUACGCGAUGUUCGGACUGGACAAUAUGCCAAGAAGCCCAAGGAGAACAAGUUGCGCCAGAUUGUGACACUGGGACCGCAGGAUACGCUCGAGGAGAAGACGGUGACGGUGUGCCAUGGCUCCGAUUUUGUCAACAUGACGUUCGUCAACUUUUGCUGCACUCGCAAGGAAAUAGCCCAGCUCUGGUCUGACGGUCUCAUCAAGCUGGCCUACAGCCUGGCCCAACUCAAUGGAUCGGCGAUUAUGUUCCUGCAGAAGGCCCACACCAAGCUCUGCCUGCAGGUGGACAAGAGCGGUCGCAUACCGGUGAAAAACAUCAUAAAACUUUUCGCCCAGAACAAGGAGGAUCGCAAACGUGUCGAGAAGGCGCUGGACGUGACCGGUUUGCCGUCGGGAAAGGUCGAUAGCAUAUCGGUGUCCAAAUUUCAAUUCGAGGACUUUUACAAUUUGUACAAAUAUCUCACGCAGCGCUCCGAGGUGGAGCGACUAUUUGACAGCAUUGUUGGCAACUCAAAGCGCAAGUGCAUGUCCAUCGCCCAGCUGGUGGAGUUCCUCAACAAGACGCAGCGCGAUCCCCGCCUCAACGAGAUCCUCUACCCGUACGCGAAUCCCGCCCGGGCCAAGGAGCUCAUCCAGCAGUACGAGCCCAACAAGUUCAACGCACAAAAGGGCCAACUCAGUUUGGAUGGCUUUUUGAGGUAUCUCAUGGGAGACGACAAUCCCAUUAUGGCACCGAAUAAGCUGGAUCUCUGCGACGACAUGGACCAGCCACUCUCGCACUACUUCAUCAACUCCUCGCACAACACUUACCUGACAGGACACCAACUGACGGGCAAGUCCUCGGUGGAGAUUUACAGGCAGUGCCUCCUGGCCGGUUGCAGAUGCGUUGAGUUGGACUUUUGGAAUGGACGCACCGAAGAGCCGGUCAUCGUCCAUGGCUACACGUUCGUCCCGGAAAUCUUUGCCAAGGACGUGCUGGAGGCCAUCGCAGAGAGUGCAUUUAAAACAUCCGAAUACCCUGUGAUAUUGAGCUUUGAGAAUCACUGCAAUCCCAGGCAACAGGCCAAAAUUGCAAACUAUUGCCGUGAAAUAUUUGGCGAUAUGCUGCUCGACAAGCCCCUGGAUUCGCAUCCUUUGGAGGCAAACGUGGACUUGCCACCGCCGGCGAUGCUGCGACGCAAGAUCAUCAUUAAGAACAAGAAGAAGCACCACCAUCAUCAUCACCAUCACCACCACAAGAAGCCGGCAGGCGGGGCGGGCCAGGUGGGCGGUACACCGGCAGCUAGCAACAAAUUGACGGCGGCGAACUCAGUGGAUGCAAAGGCGGCGCAACAAGUGGCCGCCCACGAGGAGGGAGGCGUGGCCAGGAGCACGGCCAACGGAGACAUCGGCCCAGGACAUGCACCGCCAUUGCAACAAAUCCGACAGAGCUCCAAGGACAGCACCGGCUCCUCUGACUCUGAUAGCUCCUCGGACGAUGAAUCCCUGCCCAAUACCACCCCAAAUCCGCCCAGUGGCAACGAACCGCCGCCGGAUAAGGCCCAGAAGGAGACGGAAGCCGGAGCCGAGAUCUCUGCUUUGGUCAACUACGUCCAGCCCAUACACUUUAGUUCAUUUGAGAAUGCGGAAAAGAAAAACCGUUGCUAUGAGAUGUCCUCGUUCGAUGAGAAGCAGGCCACCACCCUGCUGAAGGAGCGACCCAUUGAGUUUGUGAACUACAACAAGCACCAACUCUCCCGCGUCUAUCCGGCCGGCACCCGAUUCGAUAGCUCCAACUUCAUGCCCCAGCUGUUCUGGAAUGCCGGCUGCCAGCUGGUGGCCCUCAACUUCCAAACCCUCGACCUGGCCAUGCAGCUCAACCUGGGGAUCUUCGAGUACAAUGCUCGAUCUGGUUACUUACUGAAGCCGGAGUUCAUGCGACGCUCGGAUCGCCGGCUGGAUCCUUUUGCCGAGAGCACAGUAGAUGGCAUCAUCGCGGGCACUGUGUCCAUUACGGUUCUGUCCGGGCAAUUCCUCACCGACAAGCGGGUCAACACCUUCGUGGAGGUGGACAUGUACGGUCUGCCAGCGGACACGGUGCGCAAGAAGUUCCGCACCAAGACGGUCCGGGACAAUGGCAUGAAUCCGGUGUACGACGAAGAGCCUUUUGUCUUUAAGAAGGUGGUUCUGCCGGAACUGGCCAGCAUCCGGAUCGCGGCCUACGAGGAGGGCGGAAAACUGAUUGGCCACCGGGUGUUGCCCGUCAUUGGCCUGUGCCCUGGCUACCGGCAUGUGAACCUCCGGUCGGAGGUGGGCCAGCCCAUAGCUCUCGCAUCCCUGUUCCUGUGCGUGGUGGUUAAGGACUAUGUGCCCGAUGAUCUGUCCAAUUUCGCCGAGGCUCUGGCCAAUCCCAUCAAGUACCAGAGUGAGCUGGAGAAGCGAGACAUCCAGCUGUCGGUGCUGACGGAUGAAACGGAUGCUGUGGCCAAUGCGGAUGAGGAUCUGUCCAAGUCGUUCGUUUUCGUCCAAGUAGGUGGCCAGAAGAAGGAGCUACGUCCGGUGGAGUCGCUAGCCACCUCGCCCAAGCACCGGGCCAGCAUCUCGGCGGCGGCUGCCAUGAGUGUGGAGUUCCGGGAGGCCGCCGAUCGUCCGGACGGGAUUCGGGGAGUUGGCGGUGGUGACGAUAGUGCUUCGAUUGUGGCACCCAGUAUCCAGCACCAGCACUCCCUGGACCAAUCGGUCUCCACCUCUAUCCGUCAGGUAGAGUCUUCGCAGUUCGAUGUGGACCUGGUGAUUGCGGAGCCUUUGGAAAAGAUUCUCGAGCACAAGUCCGUGAAGGAGAAGCGCCUGGAGAUGGAGAAGAAGCUGGAGUCGCUGCGCAAGAAGCACGACAAGGAGAAGGUCAAGAUCGCCGGCCAGAAGUCGAGUCCCCUGGAGGGCAAGAAGCCCAAGUUCGCGAUUCCCAAUAAGCUGGUAAAGCGGCUGAGCAACAAGAGUCUCGAAUCCACUGUAGAGAUACCCCCCUGCCCCCUGGACCUCGGUGACAGCAGUGAGGAGAGUGUCGGCACAGCCGCUGAUGCUGGCGAGGAUUUGGCCGGUGGCAGCACUACCUCCAAGGACGGAGUCACCCAGGAGAGCCGACUACGCAGUGCCUGCCGGGAGUACACCACGCAAUACAGGGAACUGCAGGAGAAGUACCACGAGGCCAUCUAUACUGCUGCGGAGAAGGUGCUAAAGACCUCACAAACGUCGCAGGUGAAGCAGUUGAAGGCUUCUCUGGAUAAGGUCACUGGGGAGGUGAUGCACCAGCUGCAGGAGGCACGUCGUAAUGAGGUCAAGACCCUGGCCACGGUGCACAGGGAUAGGGAUGAGCUGGUCAGGAUGAAACGCGAGGUGGCCAGCUCUGUGGUGGAGCGUGGAGUGGCGGAGCGAGUGCGUCUGAAGCAGACUUUUGAGAGGAGAAAUGAUGAGCUCCAGAAGCAGCAUGAAUUCGUGAAGAAUGCCCUGGCAGAACAUCGAUCCAAGGCCCGUCAAAUCCUUGACAAGGACGCCGAGUCCCGCAACUGUGUCUCCAGCAGUGGCUUGGUGCUCUUCCAUGGACCCCAUCAUCAUGGCUGUACUGGUAGCACCGGAUCAACGGGCAAUAAUCUCACCCUGAAUUUGGAUGCGGGAGCUGUUGGCGGAGGUGGCCUAUCCGGAAUAUCUCCAGCCAAGUCGCACAAUAGUAUAUCGGGCGCUGCAGAGAUGAAAACAUAAAUCUCUUUCCGUUCAGGAUUGUUGUCCCCGCCCGCCCGUAAUAUUUCUAGGAUUAAGUUUGUGUGGUUCUACAAGUUGUUAGUCUUCAGUAUUUGCACAAAAGCAAACAUAGAGAAAAAAAGAAUUAAGUCUAAAGUCUUCGUAGAGUUUAAGAGAAUGUCGCUGCAGAGGAGUGUGCAUGCGUAUUCCCCUGUUUUUUUUGGAUGGGAACUGACCUCGACUAAAAUCUAGAACUUAGGGCCUUCCAAGAGACCUAAGCCCAUAGGUGUAAUCCAAGCGAAUCGCGUUUUUCUAACUGAACAAACUAGUUGUAACUCUAUCGCAUGUAUGAUGUACUUGUAGCCGUAGUCUAUCCGUAAACUGUAUCUGUAAAGUGCAGUCCACUGCGUGGUAUGCAUGAAUGUAUAACCCUGUCGAACCGUAUGGUUUCUUCCUAUAUGAACUUCGCUGAAACUCUGAGUGUCUAUUUAAGCAAAACGUAACAGAGAUGACUCUUAGUAUAUACAGAUAUAUAUACAUACAUAUAUAUAUAUAUAUUUAUUUCGGAAGGGGUACGAGUGCUCCAAUCUUUCUAAACGCUAAUUGUGGUUGUGUGUAUUACUCUUUUUUAUAAUCAGUUUAUAAUCUAUUUAAUUUAUAUAUAACUUGUACGAUUAGUUUAAGGCUCUCGCACAAAAUCAAAAAAAAAAGAAAGAAAGAACACUGUGAAGUGAAUCUCGUGCGCACAAUGGCGGAAGCGGAAACGGAAGCCAAGCACAAGUCUAGGCCAACACUUAGUCAAUUAUUAUUUCCGGUUGGUAGCUAUUUAUUCUUGAUUGUUGUUUUAGUCACUUUUAGUUCUUUUUAAGUUUAUUUAGUUUUAACGAAAGAAGCUCCAAUAAAGUCGUAUUUUGAAUUGUU